AUGGCUGAUACGAUCGAAGCAAAAAGGAAAAGACGCAAGGUGCUUCGUUGUAGUUUUACAAAGUUGGCAGGCGAAUUAGAAAAUUUGUUGAGAGCAGUGCCGGUACAACACAACCAAGUGGCUGUUCUAUGGGAGUGUUUUAAACCGAAGUAUGAAGAGUUGUAUGCAGGGGAAUGCUCCGUCUACAAUCAUUUGCUGGAAUCGGACACGACAGAAGAGGAACUUCUUGCCGAGAUGGACCAGAACGAUGCUUACAACAGAAGAUUCUUCGAAUUGAAGUUUCAAGUCGAGAAGCUAUUGGAACAACCGCUUGAUUCGUUGGACGUUCGAUCCAGGGAUGGAAGUAGGGUUGAGGUAGACAAUUGCCCAUCUAAAGGUAAGCACAAGUUUCUACUACCCACCAUCCAGUUCAAGUUAUACGAUGGAAAUAUUCGCGAGUGGCUCGGGUUUUGGUCACAAUUCAGUAAAAUCCACGAGGAUGCAGACAUUGACGCGUGUGAUAAAAUCGAGUACUUAAUUCAAGCUACUGUUGACGGCAGUCGUGCGCGAAAAAUUGUAGAGAGUUUUCCGUCCGUCGGCGAGAACUAUGAAAAAAUAAUUGAUUGCUUGAAAUCUAGAUUCGGCCGGGAAGACUUACAGAUCGAGGUGUAUGUGCGAGAAUUGCUCAAGUUAGUCCUCAACAACGCGCUAUUACAGGGUAAAUACGACCUUGCUCAGUUAUACGAUCGUAUAGAGACACAAUUGCGGGCCCUAGAUACUCUUGGUAUCACGAGUGAUAAAUAUGCUGCUCUAUUGUUUCCUUUGAUUGAGUCGUGUUUACCUCAAGACCUUAUGAGAAUUUGGCAACGUUCUACAUUUAAUACAAGCCAAGAUACCCAAGUUUCAGGAUCCAGUUCGAAUUUAACCAAUUCACAAAGUGACGAGUUUUCUCUAGAGAUUCGCUUGAAAAAUUUAAUGCGUUUCUUGCGUUCAGAAGUUGAGAAUGAACUAAGAGUUGACCUGGCGAGUGAGGGUUUCGGUUUAUCGGAGAAUGUGAGGAAACAACCAAAUUCUGAGAAGAAAAAUGCACGAAAUUUAGAGACAAAAAAGACUGCAGCUGGACUUUUGCAUGCGGAUGUUCAAAAAUGUAUAUUUUGUUCUGGAAGUCAUGAGAGUCAUUCUUGUUUCAAGGCGCAGAAAAUGAAUAUCGACGAACGAAAACGUAUUCUUUCGGAGAAAAAAGCGUGCUUCAAAUGUUUAAAGAUCGGUCACGUAUCACGUAAAUGCAGGAUGCGCUUGAAGUGUAUUGUUUGUGGAUACUCGCAUGUGCCGCUUAUGUGCCAAGAGAUACCAAAUAAGCAUCGAGAAGAAAAACCACCAGACGAGAGAGUCGAGCGAAAAAACGACCACACACAAUGA